AUGCAAGGAGCAACGUGGAUAUUGUUAUUGUUGUUGUUGUUAUUGUUGGAACCAGUGUUAGUGAUAGCACUGAUUAUGAUGAGCGACAAUUCAGAGUAUCUGUCGAAGAAACAGCCAAACAUAACAGUAAAAUCGUCCAGUGGAUCGUUUUUAAACAGCUGGUUGAUGUCUUUAACCAAAUUAUUCACAUGCCGUAGUUCAGCAAAUUCAGGAAGAAAACAUGAUCAAAGAGGAAGUAAUCAAUUUACGACACCUGUUACGGAACGUAUUUUACGAGCAAAUGAUCGUGAAUUUAAUGAACAAUUCAAAUAUGCUGAUAAUUAUAUUAGAACCUCAAAAUACAAUCUCAUAACAUUUGUUCCGCUUAAUUUAUUGGAACAGUUUCAACGUCUUGCCAAUUUUUAUUUUUUAAUAUUAAUGAUUUUGCAACUUAUACCAUGGAUUAGCUCAAUAGCAUGGUACUCAACUGCCAUUCCAUUAUUUUUUGUGCUUAUAUUCAGUGGUGCCAAAGAUGCCUAUGAUGAUAUUCAAAGACAUCAAAGCGAUAAUCAAGUAAAUAAUCGUAUUUCAUAUGUUGUUCGGAAUGGGCAAUUAAUUGCAGAAAGAUGGAUGAAUGUUAAAGUUGGUGAUGUAAUACGCAUGGAAAAUGAUCAGUUUGUUGCGGCUGAUUUACUUUUACUAUCAACCUCUGAACCUCAUGGCUUAUGUUAUAUCGAGACAUCAGAACUUGAUGGUGAAACGAAUUUAAAAGUUCGCCAAGCUUUACCAGAAACAUCCAUUAUGGGAGAUAAAUUACUGCAAAUAAGUGAAUUUGAAGGACAAAUUCAUUGUGAAUUACCAAAUAAUAAAUUGAAUCAGUUUGAGGGAAGAUUACAUUAUAAUGGCAAUAUUUUACCACUUGACAAUGGGAAAACUUUAUUAAGAGGUUGUGUAUUACGGAAUACUCGCUGGUGCUAUGGAGUGGUAAUAUUUGCAGGAAAAGAUACCAAAUUAAUGAUGAAUAGUGGGAAAACAAAAUGUAAACGAACAAGUUUGGAUCACUUCCUCAAUAUUUUAAUUAUGGGUAUAGUCGUAUUUUUAAUAGCAAUGUGUCUCAUUUGUACAACAUUAUGUGGAAUUCGAGAAUGGACUAUUGAACGCCAUUUUACUAUUCAUUUAAAUUUGGAUGGCUCAGUCAUUCCAGAUCAUAUGGAACAAUCACCAGAACAAACAUCCAUUUUAUCAUUUCUCAUGUUCUUCUCAUAUCUUAUCUUGCUCAAUACUGUUGUGCCUAUUUCACUUUAUGUAAGUGUUGAAAUAAUACGAUUUGUUCAUUCGAUGUGGAUUAAUUUUGAUACUGAAAUGUAUUACGAAAAGGGUGAUACUGCCGCACGUGCACGUACUACGACAUUGAAUGAAGAAUUAGGUCAAGUUCAAUAUAUAUUUAGCGAUAAAACAGGAACUCUUACACAAAAUACAAUGGUAUUUAGGAAAUGUUCAAUUAAUGGACAUAGCUAUGGCGAUGUAUAUGAUGCAAAUGGUAAAAUAAUUGAUGUAACAGAGAAGACGCCGACGAUUGAUUUCUCGAAAAACCGUUGGUUUGAACCGAAUUUCAAGUUUUAUGACCAAAAAUUAAUGAAAGAUACAACCAAAGGACUUCACGAAGUGGCAGAAUUUUGGCGACUUUUGGCUCUUUGUCAUACUUCUAUGCCGGAACGGAAGAAUGGUCGCUUAGAAUAUCAGGCACAAAGUCCGGAUGAAGCUGCUCUUACAUCUGCUGCACGAAAUUUUGGAUACGUUUUUAAAUCUCGUACUGCUCAAACUAUUACACUGGAAAUAGCCGGUUCGGAAGAGGUAUAUGAUUUAUUGGCAAUUCUUGAUUUCAAUAAUGUCAGGAAGCGAAUGUCAGUAAUUGUUCGUAAUCCUUUGGGUGAAUUAAUACUUUAUUGCAAAGGAGCAGAUACAAUUAUACUUGACAGGAUAUCACAUGAUACGGCACCGUUACUUAAAAGUGCAACAAUUCAACAUCUCGAUAAAUUUGCUGCUGAUGGCUUUCGAACAUUAUGUUUAGCAUAUAAGAAAAUUAGCACUGAUGUUUUUAAUAAAUGGCAUGAGCAGCAAAAAGAAGCAGCAGUUGCAUUGACAAAUCGUCAAGAACAAUUAGAUCGAAUUUAUGAUGAACUAGAACAAGAGAUGAUACUUUUGGGAGCUACAGCAAUUGAAGAUAAGCUUCAGGAUGGUGUUCCGGAUACAAUAGCGGAACUUGCUCGUGCUAACAUCAAAAUUUGGAUUUUAACGGGUGAUAAACAAGAAACAGCAAUCAAUAUUGGUUAUUCAUGCAAUUUGCUAACUGAAAAUCUUCGAGAAGUAUUCGUAAUCGAUGGUGAGACGGAACGUGAAGUUGAAGUUCAGUUGAAAGAUGUACGAAGACGAAUCGAACAAACGCUUGGCCCGCCGUCGACUAUGAAAACAAGUGCUGUUAUGAAAUAUAUUCAACAAAUAAUAACCGAAGUGGAAAAGGCUGAAAAGAGUGAAUGUAAACAGGAUGAGCCCUUUUACAAAACCGAUUCUUUGUACGUCAGGAAUGAUUAUGACUGUUCGGUUUAUCAAAAUGCGCCAUUGGAAGAAGUUCUGAUAAAUGUCAAAGAGGAUGCCUUAUUAGAUGAUGGUAAACUUACUUCGCAGUACAUCAAUGAUGCUAUCACAGCUAAUGGUAAUCUACAAUCUGAUGGCACCAAAAAUUUAGCUUUCAUUCAUGAAAGUAAUAUGGAAAUUCAAGAUCAUCUUAGUGCUAAUGAAUGGAAAAAAUUAGAAGGUUAUGCAUUGAUUGUUAAUGGACCAUCAUUAACAUAUGCCUUGAAAAGAGAAUUAGAAAGGACAUUUCUGGAUAUUGGAUGCUUGUGUCGUGCAGUAGUUUGUUGUCGUGUAACACCGCUUCAAAAAGCAAUGGUUGUUGAUUUGGUGAAAAGGAACAAAAAAGCGAUAACAUUAGCUGUUGGUGAUGGUGCAAAUGAUGUGUCAAUGAUUAAAACGGCACAUAUUGGAGUUGGAAUUUCAGGACAAGAAGGUAUGCAAGCUGUAUUAGCAUCUGACUAUAGCAUCGGACAAUUUCGUUAUUUGAAAAGGCUUCUGCUUGUGCAUGGUCGUUGGUCGUAUUUUAGGAUGACAAAAUUCUUGCGAUAUUUUUUCUACAAAAAUUUUGCUUUUACACUUACGCACUUUUGGUACUCUUUUUUUUGUGGAUAUUCUGCACAGUCCAUUUACAGUCCAGUUUUGAUUGCUUGCUAUAAUUUAUUCUUUACAUCAUUACCUGUACUUGCAAUGGGUAUAUUUGAUCAAGAUUUGGAUGAUGUAUGUAGCAUGAAAUAUGCUAAACUCUACAUACCUGGUCAAUAUAAUUUAUUUUUUAAUAUGCGUAUUUUUAUAUAUUCUGUCCUUCAUGGUAUGAUCAGUUCUUUGGUGAUAUUUUUUGUACCGUACGGAAUAUUGUACAACGGUGUGGAUUCAGCAGGCCGAGAUUUUAAUGAUUAUUCAUUAUUAGCAUUUACAUGCUUCACAUCAUUGAUAAUUGUUGUCACGGGCCAAAUAGCAUUUGAUACAAAUUAUUGGACAAUUUUUAAUCAUAUUGUUAUUUGGGGUUCAGUGAUAUUCUAUUUUUGUCUUAGUUAUAUUUUAUAUGAAGCUUUACCUAUAAAAUUGGUUUCAAAAUUUGAAUCAGCUCAAUCAUAUGGUGUCAUGCAACGAGCCUUUAUAUCACUACAGUUUUGGCUUUCUCUUCUAAUGGUAUCUGUUAUUUUACUCUUACCGGUACUUGUUAAUCGAUUUUUCUGGUUGGAUACACAUCCCACCUAUGCUGAUCGUCUUCGAAUGCAGCAGAAACUUCUAACCUCUGAGGAAGACGAAAAGCCACCAUCAAUAACGACGACAACAUCACAUUCGACAACUGGUCGAGGUCGUCGAACUUCGUUACGUUCAGGAUAUGCAUUUUCUCAUCAGCAAGGUUUUGGUGAUUUAAUUAUUAAAGGAGAAUUGUUCAAACAAGUGGAACAACUUAUAAAUACCGGAAGUUCACCACAAAAGAUUGUUUCACCUUUCCGACAAUUAGCAGAGAAGGGAACAACUACUGUGCUCACACCAAAAACACUUUUGUCACAAAGAAAUAACAAAAUAGCACCUCUAGAACAAGCUAAAAACGAGUCCAAAUAUAUAAAUCAUAUUGAAUCUGGGCCAGAACAGUUGACUAAAAUUUCUAAAGAGCAAAAUGCAUGCAGUACUAACAACAGCAGUGAUGGAGGCAUUGAUAUGAUGAAGUCAUCACAAUUUUUGCACAAAAUUAUCGUUAACGAUGAUGAAGUUCCAUUUAAGCAUAGUGAUGAUAAAACUUACAAUAAAAAAAUUUCACGAAAACAACAAAAACGAUCAGCUAGUCUUAUUUUGGGAUCAAUAAAUCGAACUACAUUAACUUCUCAUCCAUCCUACACUAAUGUCAAACGUGACACGUUUCCGCAAUCUUUCCAAUCUGCAACAUAUCCUAAUUCGCUCAAUUCUGAAUCAACUUUAAAUUCGUUAAAUGCUUGUGUUGAUAUUAUAGGAACUAAAUCAACCGCAUACAAAACCUUAGACGAAACAAAACUAUAA